UUGAAAACGCAUAAAAUGACAAUUGGAAUUUGCAAAUGUUUGUAAAUACGCGUGCAUUUAGGUUACUAUAAAAAUAUGGCAUGCUAAUUAAACAAUAAAAGUGACGUUCGCAAUGCGAGAGAAUUUAAAGAAAUAAUAUGCUAUAUAUGUAUAUGUGUAUGUAUUUUAAUAUAAGCGCUUAUACUUUCAUAUAAACACACCGAGUAUGCCAUGCCGUCGGUGAAAUGUCAAACAUUUUAUCUUAACUGCGUUUAAUGUGAAAGGCUACAAGCUAUAAAUGACAAAAUCAACAACAACAACAAACUAAAAUUUGGCCGCAAACAAAUUGACAUUUCCCUAUUGACACAUAAAAUGCAACUGCAACUGACCGCUCGCUAAUUAAUACGCUUGUCUGCCUGUGCCAAUUAGCGACGUUCGCAGCUUGUUAAUUAAUGUUGAGUAUCAGCAAUUAAAAUAACAAUAAAACAACAAUAUUCUAGAACAACUGCAUCGCAGAAAAAAAGAAAAAAAUAUAAAAUGUUUAAACUUUGUAAAUUUACUGCAAAUUAAUUGCUCAUUAGCGCGUCGUGACGAUCAUUAACUUGCGCGUAUAUUAGCGAAACAAUCAGCCACAAUAACAACAACAACCAGUACAAUCAACAGCAAUCAUCUGCAAGUCUCACCCAAUUGUUGCAGCUGUCCGCACUGACCGCAGCGCCUGCUGAUAUUGCCGUCAGCGGCUGCAGAACGUCACGCGCUUUCCCAUCUGCAGUUUUAUUGACCAUCUGGAUUGACACGGUCGUCGUCGCUUCUGGACGCGCGACUGCUGCGCCUUCUUUUCUUCGCCUCAUCUGCAUACAUGUGCGCAUGUGUGUGUGUUGCUCUUCGCGCAUUGCAAUCGCGAAAUCGCGACAUUUAUUUAUUACAAGUGUCAAUGAGUGAAUGUCAAGUGUCGAAGUGAUUUACUUGUGUCAUCGUAUUGCCGUCGGCAGCUUUGAUGCGCGUCGUGUUUUUUUUUUGUGGAAAAAAUGUUGAGAAUUUGCUUUUAUGUUUGCUUUUCGUAUUGCGGAUUUCUUUGAUUUGCUGCAAGUAGCGCUAUAAUUUAACGGUUCGUAACAAUAUAUCUGACUGGCGCUGUGUGUUGGCAGCCGUAGUUUGUGCAACAUUGAAAUAUGUUGUAUAAUGUGCCGUGUUAUCAAAAUUUUUCAACACUGGAUUACUACAAGGUCAAACGUCCCAAAACAGAGCACACGGAUACAAAUGAACGAAAUCGCCUUUGUUCUCAAACCACUGCUCAAUCGCCGCAUCAUCAGCAGCAACAUCAACAACAACAACAGUCACAGCAGCCUCAACACCAUACUUCACAACUUCAUCCUCACUCCCUGCCACAUACACAGUCGCCGCUGGGCGGAGCUGGCGCCGCUUCCUCCGCUCCGUCCGGUCAAUGCAGCCCACUGACGCUGCCACCGCAAUCACAGCCACUGCAACCAACAAUCACUUCGCUGGCGUCACUCAGCGGCCACUACAAUGCGGCGCCCAACCUGAAUUCAAGCUGCAGCCUAUCAACUGGACUAAGCGCCUACCCUUCACUAAACUCCGCUGCUGCCGCUUCAUUCACGCAGUCGCCCGGCAGUAGUUUCUCCACAUAUCAGCAUCCACACACGACGGCUGAAGGGGCGUCGAGUGGAGUCGAUGCUACAACAGGUCUAAGUAAUGCGGGAGCUACAGGCGCGGGACGACAUGGCGACUUAGGUGUUGGUGUGGCUGGCAGCGGUAGCGCGGGAAUGUCGCACUGGCUGCCAACUGAAACGCAUUUGACAUCUGUAAAGUCGGAGAAUCGCAGUCCGGGUCUAAAUAAUAGCGGCGGCAGUGGUGGCACAUCUAAUGUGAAUGCUGUUGGCGCUGGUAUUGAGACGCAGUCUGGGCUGGGUGGUAGCAACGCUGCACAGUUGGAUGGCGGUAGCGUAAUGACGGGCAAUGGUGGCGUGCCCGCCAACAGCUCUAUCUACAGUUGCUCAUCGGUCGGUGUCAGCGGUUUGAGUGGCAUGGAGAGCAGUGUGGCGGGUAUUGGUACAAACUCCUCCUCCAGCGCUGCCAUGGCGGCGGUGAAUUCAUCAGCUGCAGCAGCAGCUGCGGCGGCCGCAUACGACACCAGUAAACACGAUUAUUACAAUUACUAUAACAGCAUGCAACAGUAUACGCCACCCUUCUACUCCACCUACGGCACACCCUACACAACGGCUGCGGCGCGUGCCGCUACCAAAAUUGAACCCAGUUCGCCGUACUUAACUUCAUCGUACGCCACUGCGGCAAGCAACAACAAUUCCUCACAGCUCUACCCGACCGCUUACGGCUACAACAAUUACGCGCAAUUCGGCACUGCAGCAGCAGCGGCGGCGCAACAGGACUAUAGUGGCUACUACAACGAUCAGUACGGCAACUACUACAACCCAGCCAGCUACUCACCAUACGCCGCCGUCAGCUCGCCCAGUUCCAGUGCUGCCAGUCAUGGCUUUCAUGUGGGCGCUUCCAAUUUGUCCGAGAGUCCCACAGACACGCACUCGACGACACCGGUGUUGCAUGCCACACAUUCACCGCAUUCGCCGCUGCCGAUCUCACCAAAUGCUGCCGCGGCAACGCUUAGCACAAACUCCACGGCGGCCGCGUCGGCGGCACAUGCCAAGAGCACGCCCACCAGCAAGAGUGGGCGCUCGCGUGGAAGACGCCAUCAGCAGCCGAGUCCAACGCGCAGCACCACAUCAGACACACCGAACAGUGAUGCGGCCAAGCCGCCAGAACGCGUCUUCAUCUGGGAUCUGGAUGAGACGAUCAUCAUUUUCCAUACGCUACUCUCCGGUUCCUUCGCCAAUCGCUACACCAAAGACCAAAGCACGUUGCUGACGAUCGCCUUCCGCAUGGAGGAGAUGGUCUUCAACAUGGCCGACACGCAUUUUUUCUUCAACGAAAUCGAGGAAUGUGAUCAGGUGCACAUCGAUGAUGUGUCCUCCGACGACAACGGGCAGGAUCUGAGCAAUUACAAUUUCGCGACGGACGGUUUUCAUUCCGGUGCGCCACCUGGCGCUCCGCCAAAUCUCUGCCUGCCGACCGGCGUGCGUGGCGGCGUCGAUUGGAUGCGCAAACUGGCGUUCAGAUAUCGUAAAAUCAAGGAAAUCUACAACACCUACAGGGGAAAUGUUGGCGGUCUGUUGGGUCCCGAGAAGCGCGACGCAUGGCUACAAAUACGCUCGGACAUCGAGAUGGCCACCGACAAUUGGGCCUCGCUGGCCACCAAGUGUCUGAAUAUGAUUGCGCAACGCGAGAAUUGCGUGAAUGUGUUGGUGACGCAGACACAACUGGCGCCCGCCUUGGCAAAAGUACUGCUCUUCGGGCUCGGCGGCAUCUUUUCCAUUGAAAAUAUCUACAGCGCACACAAGAUCGGCCACGACACCUGCUUCGAGCGCAUUAUGACGCGUUUCGGGCGCAAGGGCACCUAUGUCGUGAUCGGCGAUGGCACGGAAGAGGAGAACGCGGCGAAGACAUACAAUUUCCCCUUCUGGCGCAUAUCGUCGCACAGUGAUAUACGCGCGCUCUACACGGCGCUCGACAUGGGUUUCUUAUGAAAGACGCGCAGCUGCUGCUGGGUAUAUUGCGCGACAAUUACUCUGUAAAAAAUAUGAGUUAAAUGAUGACUAAUCUAAUAUUAACAUUGCUUAACUACUUAACUAAGCGAAAAUCUCUUGCAUGUAAAUUAAAUAUUAUUGUAGCUAAGCAAAUGUACGCACUAAAGAUUAAAAGACUUAAUCAUUGUAUUUAGUAAAAGUAAAGUAUAACUAUUAAAUAAAUUAAUACAUAAAAUAAACUAAAAUAAAUAUGAAAUUUUGAAAACAGAGAGAAAAAACAAAAAUUUAUUUGUUGCCUAAAUGCGUCUCGAACAGACAAAACUUAGAGAAAGUGUGAAAAAAUGUCUCUUCUAAUUUGUAUUAUAUUUAUUGAAAUUAUGCCUACACUAAACUUCCUAGCCUAAGCUAAGUCUACAGUUUAACUAAAAUAGUAAUAAAAUUAUUUUUAAUGUCAAUAUUUUGUUGUUAAUUCAACUACUUAAAACGUCUAUGAUAUUGGGUCGUUCACCAAGUAAUUUCGUUUGAUGACAACAGCUGAACUUAUCGAGUUUGUGCCGCAGCCAACUUCGCACUUAAACGAUAUAACGUUAAAUAUUUGAACAGCUGAUAUAGCAAAGUUUGUGUGCAAAGAAAUUUAAUAAAUUUUUUGAUAUAAUUUUUGUUUUGAAUUUCGAAGAUUGAAGUUCGAAAUCAACAUUAUUGGCAUGUCUAACUCUUUUACUAUAAAAAAAGGUUAAAAUGCAGUUCAAGCAAUGCGAAAAUUAUGUGAUGUGUACGGAACGCCAAUGGUGUAGAUUGAAUGCCAGGCCAAAAUUGGUUUGCAAAAUUUCGAUCCACCAAAUAUCGAUCUUGAAUGAUCUUAUGUUAUCAACAACGACUUUAAAACACCUUCCGGGACAUGGAUGCAGUGUUGGCAGGUCUUUAGAAGCCGUUGUUGGUAACAUAGUCGUUAGUUGACGCAAAUCGUCGAAUAAA